CUCUCCUAUUCAAAUUUCUAGACAAAAAUCUGCAAGUAUUUUCCAAAACUGUUUUUAAAAACUCCAGGCGCUAGGACCCAAAUGCUGCCUUGACGCAGGCGUGACUGCUGGCACUGUUGCAAUCCUGAAAUACCUUUCGAGUGGCUGCGCGAGGAGCCUUUUAAAGUCAAUGUUUUCGUUAUUUAAAUAGGCUUAAUCGGGCCAGAGACGGGAAAUGCUGUACGUUGUAGUGAAUGAAGGCACGGAUCUGACUGGACUGCGCACCAAGUAAAUCUCCUCAGUGGAGAGUUUCUCCAAAGGCUCUGGCGUCCUGAAGAACUCUUUGAUCAAUUUACCUUCGAAAGGCAACAGGAGGUUUAGUUCAGAGGCGGAAUGAUGGGGACCCCGGGCAAUUCCCGGCGAAGGAUCCUGUCGAGAGAAAUGUCCGACGACGAAAAUAUGAUGAUCAUCAUCAGAGAGGCAGAUGCAAAAUUCAAUGCCAGGAGGGUUUCAUUUGCUGAAGCCAAAGAGGCCUGUACAAAGAAACUGGUGCAACAGCAGCAAGAGAACAUCCAUGGAGACCUUGAAGCCAAGUACAUGGAUGCAGUUCAGUCAAUUGAUCUUUUGGAAACUGAGAAGACUUUACUUGUGUAUGAGGUGGAGCGACUGAGGGACAUUCUAGAGAGCACAGAGGAGGAGCUGGCAGAACUUCAGAGGAAACACACACAAAUACACAAGGAACUGGAGACAGAGAAAGUUGCCAAGCACUUAUUGCAGCAAAAGAUUACUUGCAUGCAGGAGCAGCUGGAGGAGAGACAGGAGAGCCACGUAAGAGUAAUUAAAACAAAGGGCACUGAAAUUGUUGCCAUAGAGAAUACAGAUAAAAAUAUUCAGAGUAACCUCCAACAUAAGGAUGCAAAGAAAAUGGAGUUUAAAUCGGACAAAAUGAGGAAACACUGUGUGGAGAAACUUCAGGGCUCAGCAGUAACCCUUCAAGAUAUAGAGUUCAAACUCUUAGUUGAUGAUGACUUUGAAACCAAAUCCAACAAACAGCAAAGUAUGAAAAUUAUUGAAGACAUCUCCAAUGGAAAUGAUCAAGAGGGAAUUAUGAACAUAUUCACACAACAGGGUGCAGAUGAUACACAUGUGAAAGAAUCCAAUGAUCUCGUUCAGGAUAGUGAGAAAGUUCUGGAAGGCUAUAGAAGUGAAACUUUAGAACAGUUGGAGUUGCUGAGUAAAGAAAAGGACCCAGAAUAUCAGGACAGCAACGACUGCAAAGAGAAAGAACAGAACAAGUUAAUAGUGGAGGUAAGUGAAGUUACUUCAGAGGAAGCAGUACACAAAGGGAAAAUUAAUGAAGAGAAAAGUGAGGGAAAUGAGGAUAGAACAAAAGAGGAAAUAUCCAAUGAAGGAUUUUUGAGUAAUGGGGUGGAAGGUGGUGAAAGAAAGCAAUUUGCAUAUGAAGCUCAGAGUCAAAGAGAUGAGAAAGAACUAGACAAUGAACAUCUUGUAAAGAAUGAAGAAAUUGACCAUGGGCUACAUUUAUCUGUGAAUCAGGUAAAUGAAAGAGAGGACAGCAGAACAAGAGAGGAACAGGGUAUUAAAGAAGAAGUAAAUGCAAGAGAAAGUCUAACACAAAAGGACAAUAAAGACAGAAGUGAGACAAAUUCAAAUUUAAACAUGAGAAAGCAGCAAACUGUAACUGAUGGGCAAGUACACGUAGAUGGGGAAGAAACACAGAAUGGGGGUGGUGCUGAACAAAACACUGGUGGGAAGGAAAAAGGAGCAUUUGAAAUGUUGGAGCAACUGUUUAAAAAAGUAGUGAUGCGGCAGAAGAGUUUGUCAGACAGUGAGAGGCAAAUGAACAAGGAGAAUUAUAUUGAUAGUCCCAAGGAUGAAAUAAGUGGAGAACGAGGAGAUGAAAUAAAAGAACAGGAUGAAGAAUAUGUCCUUGCAAAGCAAGCACAGUACAGGGGGAAUGAGAACAAAGGGAGAGAAUCAAUAAGUGUUGAAAUUGAGGAGGGAACUAAUGAGUUGUGUCGGAAAGAGCUAGCCAAUGGUGGACAUGAGCUGUUGGUCCCUGAAAGAAAGGAGGCAAUGACAGAACUCAUUGAUGAAGCUGCACAACUUGUGACGGAUCUAUCCAAUGAGGAAAUGCACACUUCAGUAGAAAGUACUAUAUCUGAACAAAAAAUGGAAACAUACAGUCAAGAAAGCAAAACAAAGAAUGAACAAGACCCUGAAAACACAACAACUAGUGAUGACGUGGAGUUGAGAAAUUUAAACGCCAGUGAGAGCAUCAAACGACAUCUUAAACACAGUGAUAGCUGCCUGGUUUCAUAAGACUCUGGUUUCUCACCUCCAACAUAUUGAAGCCCAGCAUAGGGGAAAAGCUUCUUCAAGGUGACAUAAACUAUGCACAAGUUUGAAUGGUACCUUUAAAUCGUCUUAGUGUCAAGUCUUUCACUUUUAAUAACCAUUUUUAUUUGAAAGGUAAAUCACACUUAAUAAAAGUAAGGAGGCCCAAAUUAU